AAAUCAACCUGAAAAGAAGAAGCAGCAGAAGAAGUCUUCCUCCAGCAGCAUGUCCUGACUGAGGUCACAAUAACACCUAAAUCUGGAUGAUAAGUUGAUGAGAAGAACAUUAGGAGCCGAUCAUGUUUCCAGAAACAGCUCAGUGUUUAAAAGCGGCCGGCAGACACCUCACUGUGAGCGGCCGGUCCAUACACCGAGGAGCCGGUCACCUCCAGGCCGGCAGACACCUCACUCUGAGCGGCCGGUCCAUACACCGAGGAGCCGGUCACCUCCAGGCCGGCAGACACCUCACUCUGAGCGGCCGGAGACCCAGGGAGAGGGUGGAGAUACCCGGGCUGGAGGCGGUGACCUACGGGGAGAGGAUGCACUUUGUCCCGGGCCUGUCUAACCCCGUCUACCCGCAGUGGGACAGGGACUACAAGGACCCGAGACACUACCGGUCCCCUCCGGCUCCCCAAAUGCCGCUGUUCAGAGACAAGCCGUGCUAUGUGUUCAACCAGGGCACCAGCGCUCUGGAAGGUAUGCGUCAGGCUCUGUGGUUGACCAAAACCAAAUUGACCCCUGGUCUGCCGCCUCAGCUCCUCUCACUGGCCGAGAGUCCAGCCAAUCAGAUACCAGAUCAGGAUGAACGCGUGCAGAACGCCAUCAAACACGCCCGCUUCUGGGACACGACAGAGAUGCGACCGGGCAAAGAGAAAUACAGCAACACGUUGCUGUUAAACCUGCUCCAUCUGUGUGCAACGCUACAGUCCAGCCACCCAGCGAUCGGAAGGAGGAUCUUCGCUGAGAAAUACUCAUUGGCAGCCACAUGGAAAAGAGGUGAGGACCUGUUCCAGAUUAGGGGUCAGAAUGGUUUACUGCAAAACUGCAUGGAUCCUCUCCCAGAGGUUUCUGGGAGACAGGAAGUGGGCGACACGGCAGAUCAUGCCCUGGAAAGCUUCUAUCCUGUCUCGCCCACCAUCGACAUGCAGAAAGUCCAAGUGUACAAGGAGGAGGUGAACUGCUCAGGUUUCCGGGACGACUACCCUUAUCCUCAUGCCCACACGCUUCACUUCCUGGAGGGAGCCGAUGUCGUCUGUAAGCUCCGGCCAGAGCAGUUCAGAGCCAAGAUGUUCAUGUUCACCUUUGGAAACGCUCUGGUCCGUGCACACAGACUGUAUGGGACGCAGCCUCAGCAUCUAUUAGAGCGUCCCAUAACAGUGCAGGCAGUGGGGACCAACGGGAGGAUCUUCCAGUUUAUGGUUUUCCAGCUCAACACAACAGAUCUCCGAGGAGACGACGGCAUCAAGAACCAGGUGUGGUUGGAUGAAGAUGUCGAGCUCUAUGAUUUUGCAAAAGUCCGACCACUCAUCAAGAAGAAGCAAGUGAAGGUACCAGCUGGUCUGGCAGGAUACAAGCCUGAAGCGUUCAGCAAGUUCCUGGCCUUGUACCUGCACGGGGCGGUGUAGGACUACAUGCAGUACCUCCUGUGUGUGUUUGUGUGUCUGAGGGCGUGCGUGUGUGAACAAUGACUCAUCAGUCAAGUAUGUUUGUAUGUGUGUGUGUUUUGGAUUUAAACCAAACCAACAGAUAAUCCUCCUUUCAAACAGUCAGUGCCCCGGUUCUCAACAUGUUACAUUGUCUGGAUGAAUUCAACAGACUGAAACCACAAAACUCAAUAAAAAUACUGAUUCUGAAAAUGUA